AUGCAGUUCGAUAAUAUCCAAAAGCAUGAAGACUUUCUGAGAACUGUGAACGAACUUAAAAUUGCAUUGAGAGAGGAGUGGGAAAAUUUGGAUCGCUCUGUUUUCGAGGAGGUUGUUACCUCAAUACCAAAAAGAAUCGAUGCGGUAUUAAGAGCAAAUGAAAAUCCAGCUGACGUAUGUGUCAUAUCAUCUCGUCAGUAUGGUCAAAGAGCUGUGUUAAAAUUUGCUUUAUACACAGGAGCUCAACCUGUAGCCGGUAAAUUUAUUCCUGGCACGUUCACAAAUUACAUCACUCGUUCUUUCAAGGAGCCUAGACUAAUUAUAGUAAAUGAUCCUUUGAGUGAUCAUCAGGCCAUUAAGGAAGCAUCAUAUGUCAACAUUCCUGUAAUUGCUUUAUGUGAUACGGAAUCACCUCUUGGAUUUGUAGAUGUGGCAAUCCCUACAAAUAAUAAGGGUAAGCAUGCAAUCGGCUUAAUCUAUUGGUUACUUGCUCGUGAAGUACUUCGUCUUCGUGGUGCUGUUUUACGUGACUCGUCAUGGGAUGUAAUGGUGGAUAUGUUCUUUUGCCAUGACCCUGAAGUUAUCGAAAAAGAAGCCGAAGGGGUUCUGUCUGAAAAAUUCGCUGGCGACACACAUGAAGUUGAUGCUACCUCGUUUCAAGAUUCUAAUUGGGAUGCUUUUGGUCCAACCGCUGUCAUUGGUGUAACCAAUCCUCAACUUGCUACUACUACUUCUGUAAAUAAUUGGGAUGCUUCCGGAGUGAAUUGGGCAGACAAAAUUGAAUAUAAUCAAACUAAUACUAUUGAUAUUGAUGGCGGUGAUGCUAUUUGGACAGCUGAAACUAUUUCAGGAGGUGAUGCUAUUUGGACAACUGAGACUACUACAAGCGAUGUUAAUUGGUCAACCGAAGGCGGUGGAGGUAGUAAUUCUAAUUGGACAGCUGAGACCACUACAGAUGAUUUUAGUUGGGCAAUCGAAUCUACUUUGGCAAGUGGCAGUGAUAAUGCUAAUUGGACACCUGAAGCUGUUACAGGUGAUGUUAAUUGGACGGCUGAAACUACUUCAGGAGAUGGCAAUGAUGAUGCUAAUCGGGUAGCCGAAAUUGCCACAGGUGAUAACGGUGGUGGUACUAACUGGGCAGAUGAGACUGAAGGUGAUUGGGCAAAGGAAUAUACGAAUACUGUAUAA